ACCCGUCAACGCACUACACCGCAACCUUGUGUUCCCACUCUGUGUACGCUCGUGAACGCAGCGCCAGACCAAAGCAGCCGCUCGUCGAGGUUUGUUGUCAAUGACAGUCGCCUGCUAGCUAAAGUCAUGGCGCUGCUAAAACACAGUUGCUAUGUUGCUGGCCGUUUUUCCGCAAACCAGCUACGAGUGAGUCUCAGAUGCGUCCCAAACGUUUACACCAGGAGUCUGACAACUGAAGCGAAACCCUCCCCUGACCGGACUGACAGAAAGAAGGAGCUGCUGAGUGACGACGGGCCCGAUCUACAAGACUUCAUUUCAGGGGAAUUAUCGGAGAAGAGCAAGUGGGAAGAGUACAAAGGCACCCUGAAGAGAGAGAAGGGAGCGAGGCUGCGCCUUCCUCCAUGGCUGAAGACAGAGAUCCCCAUCGGGAAAAACUUUAACCGGCUGAAGAACACGCUGAGAGACCUCAACCUGCACACAGUGUGUGAGGAGGCCAGGUGUCCUAACAUUGGGGAAUGCUGGGGAGGAGGAGAAUACUCCACAGCCACAGCCACCAUCAUGCUGAUGGGUGACACGUGUACCCGCGGGUGCAGGUUCUGCUCCAUAAAGACGGCCCGUCAGCCUCCACCUCUGGACCCAAACGAGCCCUACAAUACGGCCAAGGCCAUCGCUGCCUGGGGGCUGGACUACGUGGUUCUCACCUCAGUCGACAGAGAUGAUAUUGCUGACGGAGGUGCAGAUCACUUUGCUAAGACAGUCACCAACCUGAAGGAGAGGGACUCUCGGAUCCUUGUCGAGUGUCUGACCCCUGAUUUCCGUGGGGACUUGGCUGCAGUGGAGAAGAUCGCCCUGUCUGGGUUGGAUGUGUAUGCCCACAACGUGGAGACGGUGCGAGAGCUGCAAAGGUUUGUUCGUGAUCCCAGAGCGAACUUUGACCAGUCCCUGAGUGUCCUGAGGCACGUUAAAAAGGUCGAGCCCACCCUGCUCACCAAGACCUCCAUCAUGCUGGGGCUGGGCGAGACAGACCAGCAGAUACUCGACACCCUGACCGGUGUGUACACUUACAUAAGACUCCGAUGCAAAGCACAGCAAUAUCCUAACACGCGCUGUUCUGGUGGUGUUGCAGAGUUGCGAGAGGCAAGAGUGGACUGUCUAACGCUGGGCCAGUACAUGCAGCCCACUAAGCGCCAUCUAAAGGUGGAGGAAUACGUCACUCCGGAGAGGUUCGCCCACUGGGAGAAAGUUGGGAAUGACAUGGGCUUCGUCUACACAGCCAGCGGGCCACUGGUGCGGUCCUCCUACAAAGCAGGCGAGUUCUUCCUGAAGAACCUGCUAAAGAGAAAGGCAGACGUAUUAGUCGCCGAAUGAAUCGCACAGAACCGGUAGCUUCUAGAGGCCGCCUUAGUCCCGAACCCGACAACUAGUUAGACUGCUUUACUCCUGCCAUACCAUAAUGCAUCACUGUCAGCUGCAGCACGGGCAACCCUUAAACGAGUAGUAAGAAAGAAAAAGGCGGCAGGUGAUGAUAACUCAUAAUACAGGGACCAGUCUGUCCCGUUUCCAUGCCACUCCUCGUCCUCGGUUCACCGGUCACAGCUCGGAGGAAAAAACGCUUCAGGGAGAUCAAAGAGCGUAGGCGGCGAGGAGAGGCCUGCAGGUUUGUAAAUAUACUGGGUGCAGGCCCCUAAAUCACAGCUAGCUCCCUCCCCCUCAGGAGCCGUGGACUUCUGGGCGACUGAUCUUUGACCGUGACCUUUGUUCAUGAACUCUUUGAUGUGCUGCUGGUUCAGAAAUGAUUUAAUGAAGCUCCAAAGAGGAGAAAGUGAAAUUUGAGCCUCAAACUGGCAACAAAUCUUUAAAAUGUACAUUUGUAUUUAAAGAAUAAACAUUUCCUAUUAGUU